CUCGUAAAUAAUCUUCAUGAAAACUGUCAAUACUCUCACAUAACCCAUACGAACCUACUCUCGCUGAAUCCCUCUGGCGGAGAGAAACGACUAGCUAUUGUUUGAGACCGAUCAUUGUUUCUACGCAUCCUGGCUUCUAUAAACUCAACAUGUGUAUGAGGUAACCUUCCGACAUGCGAGCAUCCAAGGCUCCUUACUCUCGGACAACAUGGCCACUUCCAACGAGUCGCUUUCUCGAUUCCGACCCAUCAUCUACAUAAUAACCGGAGCGGCUGCGAGCUAUGGACUUUACGCUAUCUACAACUCAUUAGCACACCCUCCUUCCGCUCCACUUCGACGAAGCAACGCCGUUCAUCGCCGCCGCCGACCAACCAGCAUUCCGACCCCCCCCAAUAAUCAAUCCUGGGUCACCACCCCGUCACAAAGACCGCCGUUAAAUGUCCGCUUCACCACUGAACAUGGCGAGUUCAUGUACCUGGACAAUUCAAAGCUCCUGAUCGCUCCAGGCGGCCGAAGUCAUGAGUAUACCGUCGACUUUAGUGUUGAGAAUCCGCCUAUAUGGCGCGCAUUGGUGGACUCUGCCCGUGACAGUCUUCGAGAUGCUGGGCAACCGGAUCCUACGGAAGAUGCUCUGGCACAUGCAUGGGAGUUGUAUUAUACCGCCUGGGGAAUGGUCCAUGUCUAUCGCGUCCUACAAUGGCCCUCGGCCGUUAGCGAAGGGCGUUACAAUGCAGCCAUAAACUUUAUACGAGCGCAUGGUCUGACCCAAAGUCAAUCGCGUCACUGCAUGCAGAUCUUCAUCCGCAACAUCGACCGCCUCCCGCCUUUCCCGAGUGACCCGGCCCAGGUGGAUGGGCAAACAGACGCGGCUGGGGAGACUGUGGCAGGCACGGAGAUGUCCUUUCACACAGCGGACGACGCGGCAACGGUAGAGGAGCAAAGAGAACAGAGAGUUGAGGGGCAAAAUUUGAAGAGCAUGCUGUACUACAUCGCGGAGGAGCAAGCCAAGAACGAAGGGUACAUCCAUCGAGGAAUCCAGUGCAACAGCUGCGAGGUGAAACCCAUCCGGGGCGUCCGAUGGCGAUGUGCAAACUGCGCGGACUUCGACCUUUGUACCGAUUGCGAGGCGAUGGGAGUACAUGACAAAACCCACAUUUUCUUCAAAGUCAAGAUUCCUAUCCCCUACCUAAGUCCUCCGCGGCAAGGCUUGCCGAUCAUGUUACCCGGGAAACCCGAGCUCAUGCCACGACAAAUUCCAAAAGCCGCGCGAAAGAAGUUAUCGAAGGAGACGUGGUACGAGGGAUCCGAGAUCGAUGCGCUUUACGACCAGUUUACAUGCCUAGCGAACCGGAGGCACAAAUCAGAUCCGAGCAAGGUCAUGGCCGCCAUCGAUCGGGAAGCAUUUGACAAAGCCUUUGUUCCUGGUACUUCUGUCAACCCUCCUCGGCCGAACUUGAUUUUCGAUCGUCUGUUCGAUUUCUACGAUACCAACCGCGAUGGACUGAUUGAUUUUGAGGAGUUCAUACUAGGGUUGGAAACCUUGCACAAAAAGAUGGACACACCGAGCAAGAUUCGAAAGAUUUUCAGAGGAUACGACAUGGACUCGGAUGGCUUCAUCGGUCGUAGGGAUUUCCUCCGCAUGUUCCGUGCCUACUACGCCAUUCAACGAGAGGUUACAAAGAAUUGCCUAUUGGUUAGCGAAGAAGAUGUCUCACUCGCCGCCAAUAUGGAAAUAAUACGAGGCAGUCAACCUCUCAGCUCGGUCUUCACUGACAUCAAUUUCCCCUCGAAUCAAGGCCGACCCAGUCAGAAAGAUGAAAAUAGUUCCGUCGUUCGCGAGGACACGAUCGAGACGGACCACCGUGCGGCUGUCCUCUACGCCUCGCGAGAUUUAGAGGACCCGAUUUUCGAUGGAUGGGAGUGGGAUGAUAUUGAUCUGGCGAGAUUUCCUAUUGAUCGCGAAGUCAUGGAGGAACAUCGAAUCGUAGAAGAACGUUGGCGUCGUCGUGAGUUUUAUACGGAUGUCGAGGAAGGCAUGGAGGAACCCGACCACUUCAUACAUUGGGAACCUAAGGACGAUUCAACGGAUUUGCGGGAUUAUGAUACCCGGUUGUAUGCGCAGAAUAUGCCCCCUCAAGGAGACGCCCUCGGAGGUUCGCAACCCAUGACACCCCAUUCCCGUUCAUCGUCGAAAGUUCGAUUUCGAGACGAUCCGGAAAUCGAAACCCGAUCCAAUUGCUCGACGUCAUCUCGACCCUUAGGCGAGAGAUGGGGUGGCUAUGAGAUCCCCGAACCGGAGCAGGACCUUGGCAAAGACGUGCUGUACCAGGUGACCCAACAGGGGUUGAACGAGCUUCUCAACCCUUUGUUUUUCGGUAAGGAGAAUUUGGCGCUGGAAAUGACCCGAUCGGCUGGAGAACGGCAGCGGUGGCGGAAGGAGAUUGACGAGUUCGUUAAUCGUAGGGAGCGGAUACUGGAUGAAUCGAUGGAUUUCAUGGCGAACAUGUUUGAUGACGAGGCGGACGAAAAUGAGCCGAGCGAAGCCCCGGAUACUGAUGAGGCGCCAGUGAAUGACGAAAAAGGGAAGGGCAAAGUCGAGUCGGCAGUGCUGGAAGUGGAGGAACAUAUCUUGAACGCCCCACUGCAGGAGCUUUUGGAAAAAUCGGGCUACGGGGUCGAGGCCAUCCCAGGUAAUGAGGAGGGUGCCCACUCGGGCAAUGGGUGCGCUGUGCUAUCACAUACACUCACCAAUGGAGAGUCAUCGAAGUCAUCAAUCAAAGAAGAUGAUAAAGGAACAUCCUUAGAUCAGGCCAGCACUCCCAAUGGUCCUGUUCGAGUUGAAACCCGGGUACCCAAUAGUGUCGAACAAGACAAGAGCGAGGGGACAACAUCACUUCAAAACGGCACUGCCCACGGCCCCAAACCACCUGCACGAUCUUCGUCACCGUCAAAAGCCACUGACAAGGCUUCAACAGAGCAACCAGGCCCCGGUGAAAAAUCGAAGGGCAAGAGUAAGGACACACAUCUAGGAGAAACCACGAUUACGGAAGUUGAGCUCCCUCCUCGGGAAACCCCCGAAGUCGUCGCCGUGGAUCCUACCAUGCCGCAAUUCCGCCCGAACUCCAGCGGUGACAUCCUCAACUGGGUCGCCAGCACCUCGCCCGCAGACACCUCCAACGAUCCGACCCCUCCUAUCCCUCCCACCACGACCAUCCAUCCCCCUGACGACACCGCUGCCACCGCCGCCCCACUCCCACCCUCACCCGCCACCGACCCCUCCAACUCCGUCCCCACGAGUGCCAACCCCCUCUACGCCAUCGAAGGCACCAUCGUCUCCAAAGCCUCCUACGAUGCCUACGUCUCCUCCUACAAGCGCACCCUCGAAUCUCCCCCCGACGAUUCCCGCCUUCAGCGCCUCGCCUACCUCGACCAAAUCGACCGCGAAGUCGCGGAGCGCGGCGGCCCGGGGCGGCUCAGCUACUGCGAGUUUGAGGACUUCAUGUGCGGUCCGCAGGGGAAGGCGCUGGGGUUCGUGGAGGCGUGGCUGGAUGUGGGAAGCUUCUAGGGUUUGUCCGCGAUUUUUCACGCAAGUUUGGCUGACGGCGGUUUGUUGAAGAUCACGAUGAUGACGCGAUGAGCUGCGAUCCCGCGGUAGGGCAAUAUGCGGUCGGUAACGCUGGUCAGUCGCUGACGGUCGGUCGCGGCGGUUCGACCGGAUGGUGCCCGGCUCUCCUUUUCGAGAGAGUGGGGUCGGAGGGUUGGAAUCGGGACGGUGGGCGCACGCGACACGUGAGCAGCAUGGAAUUUGGGACCUUUCCCAAAUUCGGUGGAGACGUGAUGAGGCUUCAUCAAUCGCACAUGAGCAUCGGAUCGUUCAGGGGAGCUUGGGGGGCUUGGGUAGAGCAGGGCCGGGCGUCGGUAUAUAUCGCUCUUCUAGUUAGCGG